AUGGUCUUUGUCCACGUCGGCACACUGUUGGCUCUGGCCGGAUUCUGCUUGGCUUCAAUUGAGACUCCGGAGCUCACACCUUGCUCGGAUGCUCAAGCCUUCAAGCUGAGCGACCUUAAACUCACAAAUGCUGUGCUGGGACAAACGAUGACUCUGGAUUUCACGUUGGACAUUACCCAAGAACUAAACAGCAGUCCUCAACUCACGGUAACCGUGACGAAAAACGACGGGCAAGAAAUAGACUGCAUACAAAACUUUAUCGGUUCUUGCACGUACGACCUGUGCGGCGGCACUAGCAUUGCCGAACAAAUGCUCGGGUCACUAUGGAACAACGAGUGCCCGAUCGAACCAAAUUCCUACACUCAGUCCGUUAGUGGUGAACUGCCCGAAAUUGCGAAGUCGUUUCUUGGGAAUGGAACUAUCAACAUUAUGUUCGAGGUACAAGACGGUGGGAAAACUGUGGGAUGCCAGAAGCUUCCAGUUACUAUAAAAUUCUAA